CCUCUUCGGCUUCGCUCUCCUCCGGCCUGGCUCGCCUGCCCGCUCGAGGACCUGCCUGCGACGCGAGGCCCGCCCCGUCCUGCCCUCCCAGGUGCCGGGGGCCGCAAGGGGGCGGAGGCCAUGUGGGGCUCCUCGAGCGGGGGGCCGGACCCUCCCCCCGGCCGCCCACAGGAGGGCCUUGGCACGCUCCUCUCGCCUUCGCGGCUGGCUGCGGCUCCGGGCCGACUGGCUGGCCUCUCUGACUCUCUCCCUGCGCCCCGACCCAUCCCGCUAUUGGGGUCAUCCGGACGCGCCGCGGGGCAGCGGGCCCUUAGCGUAGCCUAGCCUGGCCUGGCCCGGCUCUCUGCCGAGGGGCUCGCUCCGUCCCUCCCGCGCUCGGCUGCUGGGAAGCGGGCGGAGAGGAGCGCCGAGGCGGCGCUGAGCUCCCCUUCCCCGUCCGUUGUCCGUCCGUCCAUGGGGGGCCCCGGGUGGCUCCUGCGUGAAGAAGGUCCCGGUCUGGGCGGACUUUGGGCCUGAUCCGGCCCCAGUGCUCUCCUCCUCCGGGAUACUGGCGGGGUCUCGGGGGUUCUUCGGCCCUGCCUUUCACCUGGGUGCUGCUUUCCUCUUGUCAAGAACCCAGAGCCGCCGGCCGCGUUUAUAAGGCCCGAGUGGAGAACCUCGGGAGGCGGCUGCCAGAAGUGCCACCCCCGGCGGCCCAAAUGUCGGCCCCCCCGUUGGACCUCCUGUCCGGCCCUCUGCCCUGCGUGUCUACACAGAGCCCCUCCCUGGCACCGAAUAAUGCUGGUUCCUCGUAGGGUUUGGCACUCUCUGCUUAUGACAGCCAGCUUCUGCUUGGGGUGUGAACUUGCCAGACUUGUGGCCGUGUUGCUGUUUCUCUGCUGCGUGGGAGCACGGAAGGGCAGCUGCAAACCUACCUCCCCUUAACCUUGGUAGAAGAGGCAGGCUGGAGUCUACAGUCCCCUAUUGCCCCCUGAGCUCAUUUCUCCCCUCAUCACUGUAGACAAGGGUGAAUGUUGCCAGGAGACUUGUGACAGGUUUGGGAGGCCCACUCCUCUCCCCAUCUGUGAGAUACUCAAAAGUCUGGGGAGAUGCCACCUCCCUCAGACAUUGUCAAGGUGGCCGUGGAGUGGCCUGGUGCCAAUGCCCAGCUGCUGGAGAUAGAUCAGAAGCGGCCCCUGUCGUCCAUCAUCAAGGAAGUGUGCGAUGGGUGGUCACUGCCCAACCCUGCGUACUACACGCUCCGCUAUGCUGAUGGGCCGCAGCUGUACAUCACGGAGCAGACUCGAUGUGACAUCAGAAAUGGGACCAUCCUUCAGCUGGCGGUUUCCCCGUCCAGGGCUGCCCGGCAGUUGAUGGAUCGGACCCAGUCGCACAGCAUGGAGGCCCGACUGGAGGCCAUGAAGGAGCUGGCCAAACUCUCUGCGGAUGUGACCUUUGCCACCGAGUUCAUCAACAUGGAUGGCAUCGCAGUGCUCACCCGCCUCAUGGAAAGUGGCACCAAGCUCCUCUCCCACUACAGUGAGAUGCUGGCAUUCACCCUGACAGCCUUCCUGGAGCUCAUGGACCAUGGCAUUAUCUCUUGGGAUAUGGUGCCCCUCACCUUCAUCAGACAGAUUGCAGGGUAUGUGAGCCAGCCAACGGUGGAUGUCUCCAUCUUGCAGCGCUCCUUGGCCAUCCUGGAAAGCGUGGUGCUGAACAGCCAGAGCCUGUACCAGAAGAUUGCAGAAGAGAUCACUGUGGGGCAGCUUAUCUCCCACCUGCAGGUUUCAAACCAGGAGAUCCAGACGUAUGCCAUUGCCUUGAUCAACGCCCUCUUUCUGAAGGCACCUGAGGACAAGAGACAGCAGCAGGAGAAGCUUCUUCACCCACUAGACCUGCCUUGCACUGAGAUGGCAAACAUCUUUGCCCAGAAGCACCUGCGCUCCAUCAUCUUGGCACAUGUAAUCAGAGGUAACCGCCCAAUCAAAACGGAGAUGGCCCAUCAGCUGUAUGUGCUUCAGGUCCUGACCUUUAACCUCCUGGAAGAGCGGAUGAUGACCAAGAUGGACCCCAGUGAUCAGGCCCAAAGAGACAUCAUUUUUGAGCUGCGAAGAAUCGCCUUUGAUGCCGAGUCGGAGGGCAGCAGCAUUGCUGGGGGCGGGACAGAGAAGCGCAAAGCCAUGUACACCAAGGACUACAAGAUGCUUGGCUUCACGAACCACGUCAACCCUGCUCUGGACUUCACCCAGACCCCACCAGGGAUGCUGGCCUUGGACAACAUGCUAUACCUGGCCAAAUGCCACCGGGAUACCUAUGUCAGGAUUGUCCUGGAGAACUCCAGCCGGGAGGACAAGCACGAGUGCCCCUUUGGACGCAGCGCCAUCGAGCUCACCAAGAUGCUUUGUGAGAUCCUGCAGGUCGGAGAACUUCCUAACGAGGGCCGGGACGACUAUCACCCCAUGUUCUUCACACACGACCGCGCCUUUGAAGAGCUCUUUGCCAUCUGCAUCCAACUCCUCAACAAGACGUGGAAGGAGAUGAGAGCCACAGCCGAGGAUUUCAACAAGGUGAUGCAGGUGGUGCGGGAGCAGAUCACCCGGGCCCUGCCCUCCAAGCCCAGCUCCCUGGACCAGUUCAAGAGCAAACUGCGUGGCCUGAGCUACUCGGAGAUCCUGCGCUUACGCCAGUCGGAGCGGAUGAGCCAGGACGAUUUCCAGUCCCCGCCCAUCAUGGAACUGCGGGAGAAGAUCCAGCCCGAGAUCGUGGAGCUUAUCAAGCAGCAGCGUCUGAACCGGCUCUGUGAAGGGAGCAGCUUCCGCAAGAUUGGGAACCGGAGGAGGCAAGAGCGCUUCUGGCACUGCCGCCUGGCCUUGAACCACAAGAUGCUCCACUACGGGGAUCUGGAGGAUAACGCCCAAGGGGAGGUGACCUUGGAGUCCCUGCAGGAGAAAAUCCCUGUUGCAGACAUCAAGGCCGUUGUCACUGGGAAAGACUGUCCCCACAUGAAAGAGAAGGGAGCCCUGAAGCAGAACAAGGAGGCCCUGGAGUUGGCCUUCUCCAUCCUCUAUGACCCAGAUGAGACCCUGAACUUCAUCGCACCCAAUAAAUAUGAGUACUGCGUCUGGAUUGACGGCCUCAACGCCCUCCUGGGGAAGGACAUGGCCAGCGACCUAACCAAGAGUGACCUCGACACACUGCUGAGCAUGGAGGUGAAGCUGCGCCUGCUGGACUUGGAGAACAUCCAGAUCCCGGAGGUGCCUCCGCCCGUCCCCAAGGAGCCCAGCAGCUACGAUUUCGUCUACCACUACGGCUGACCCCAGCAGUGCCUGACGGGAGCCCCUGCUCUCCCGCUGGUGCAGGACUUGAGCUGGCCAUUCCUGGCUGGCUGGCUGGCGAGGGAGGAAGGAACCAUUCUCCUCUUGGACUGCAGGGAAGAAUCCUGCCAUGCUGGGGGGGUGUUUUGGUUUGUUUUGUUGUUUGCCAUGAGACCUGCUCCCUGUGGCAGGCCCUCCCCCCACGUUGCUUUGUAUGGCCCAUAGAGGCAACCACAAGCCACUCGAGGGCAGUGCCCGGAGUUAGCCUGAGCAUUGCAGACACCCCCCAGGGGUGUGGCCUUUCCUGUUGCGUGUGGCAGAGCAGUCCUGGGCAUGCCUUUGCUUGCCACUCCCCCCCCCCCCACUGUGCUUGACCUGAGGCAGCUAAGGAGGUUCCUCCUCUUCCCUGUGGUGGCCUCUGAGGGAGACUUGCAGCCCUUUCUUCAGAGCUGGUGCUUCCCCUGUGGGCCAGCGACCACAGCUGCAGUGGCCGAGUGGGUCCCAGAGUGGGAGGUGGGACGCAGCUGAUCCUGGAGCCUUUGGCCCCAGUGUGCGCCGCUGGAGGAGGAGGGCACUGAGUACCCCCCACCUCUGCCAUGUCUUCUGUGGCAUAAGGAAAGCUGCACGCUGCCUGGCCAGCCUCUGUCUCUCGGGAGAGGGGCUGGGGAGGGCAGGAUUGGGCUGCUGCCUCUCAGCAGUAGGGCGCAGGCUGGACCUGUCACCCACCCCCCAUGCGCACACACACACACACACACACACACUCUUUCCAUUAAAGGCUCUUUUCCUCCUAUGGGGGGUUCCUGCUUCCUCUUUCCUCCCACAGGCAGCCAGCGCAUGGUACAGCCAGCGCAGGUGCAGCUUGGGGCCAGGCAGUGCCUGCUGCCGACUGCGGUGAAGCAGAAACAGGACCGUCCCAUUGGAGGGAGAAGGGACGUCCUGCUUCUUGCUGAUGCAAAGGGCAGAAGAUGGAGCCGCCCACAGAACACAAUGCCCCAAUGCAAGGAUUUCCGUACAGAUGUUGAGUGGGCAACAGCAUGUCCCCCUCUUCUGAAAGUGAGCAGUAAACAUGGGCAUUUUGUGAGGUUGUAAGCAAUGGAAAAAUUGCCCUGCAGUUUUAAGUGCAGCAUAACCUUGUUUGUCAGGUUUGAGGAGGAAGAUGCAGUGCCCAAGAGAGUGUUGCUUGUGUCACCUUGGCACAGCAGCCUCAUGUUACACCCAUGUGGAAGGGAGGGGGCAGCCAGAGAUUAUUAUGAAUGGUUUUUAUACCACCUUUCAGUCUUAGUGCCCUUUACAAAAAAGAAUUAAACAAGACUGUCAAAAAUGCAUUCUCUCUCCCUGUAGCUGUGCCCGUGAGCCUGCACUGUAGUUUGGGGGUGGUCUGUCUCCCUGAUUUGUGCUUACCACCCACCCCUCCAUUUCUCCCCUCCUGGGGCUUCCGGCAACUGGUUUUCAGAAGCAUGCUGCCUUUGACUAGGGUGGCAGAGCACAGCCAUCAUGGCUAGUAGCCACUGAUAGCCUUUUCCUCCAUGAAUUUUUCUCAUCGUAAAGGGUUAAAAUUGCAGGGAGGGAGCUCCUGGCGGGGGAGUGUUCUUUCUGUAGCUGACAUGGUGCAGAGGCAGUAAUUCCCCUCCCGGGCGGCCAGUUGCAUUCCAGCGGAAAGCCGGCCCUGCCAAUAACGGGAGUCCUAGCCGGCCAGAGCGCACGCACAUGCCGCAUACCAGGGCUUCCUGAAUGUCGUUCAGCGAGCUUCAUCCAGGUGGUCCAUGGCAUGCCUAUGUUAAAUAUCCAUAUUGAUGUUAAUUGUAUUUUUAUUCCUCCUUUUAUUUCUUUUGUUGUAUUUUUAUUGUGUUAACUGUUUGGAUCCUAAAGAGUGCAGAUAGGAAUAAAACACAAGAAAUAAAGAAGCAAAUACAAUUCAAAA